AUGUUGAGACGAGCACGCGAGGCGGCUCUUUCUAUAGAUGGGCCACAAGAGCUGUACACCAAUCCUUGGCUUUGGUGGGCGCACCCGUCGCAAUACAGCAGACAAUUACACAAGAAAAGGGAUAUUGAACAGACUGUACUGGAGUUUUUUUGGCACUUGGCGGGAAAGGGAGUAGUAGGGGCAAGCGAGGUCAUAAUCAACAUCAAUUGUACCCACGCCGCAAGCAAGGGCCUGAGCUGUCCCACCACCACAAGCGUGGGCACAAGUAUUUUGACUGCCGUGACCAUGUGCAAGUUGUUGUAUAUGGAAACGACGGUGAGGGAUGGGGUGUGUUAUCCCCGAAAGGUGUGUUAUGGUGGGAGCUCCAUAUCCUGGAAGAUUGAGAGGAGUGGGACGUUGUCGUGUUCUUGGAGAGUCAAAAAUAGUGUGUCCAGCUUGAGAAUGGUUGGUACUACAUUAGUUCAGCAGACUGGGGGACAAUAA